AUGGCGCUCUAUGAAACAGAGGAAGAAGAAGGCUUUGAAUACACAGAUAAGUUGGUGACCAGUGCUAAUUCACCAAGUUCAGGAAAUUCUGACUUGAGAGAAAGCUCAAAAUCUAAAGUGAAGACCUACUGGACUGAAAGCAGCAAGGCCGUCUCCAUCAGCCGUCUGCUGUCCCAGACCCUCUAUGGCAAAGAGAAAUUCACCUCUCUGGAUCUGAACUAUGACGAGGCAGACUCAUUCUCUAAACAGGAGCAGUGGAACUGGCUUUACAACAUUUCAAACCCCCGGGACCCUCGAUCCAGGACAAAAAGGAGGCCCAUCGUCAAGACCGGCAAAUUCAAGAAGAUGUUCGGUUGGGGUGACUUCCAUUCCAACAUAAAGACGGUGAAGCUCAACCUUCUCAUCACCGGUAAAAUCGUGGAUCACGGUAAUGGGACAUUCAGCGUCUACUUCCGCCACAAUUCGACGGGUCAAGGCAACGUGUCUGUGGGACUGGUUCCACCAACCAAAGCUGUGGAGUUCCAGCAGCAGCAGCAGCAGACAGCUCUGGAGACCAAGGACAACAAGCUGUUCAACUGCAGGGUGGAGUACGAGAAAGUGGAGAAGGGCACCAGGAACUCACUGUGUGCCCACGACCCCUCGCAGAGCUGUCCGCAGGAGCAGACCCAGAGCCACGUGUCCUGGCUGUGCUCCAAGCCCUUUAAAGUCAUCUGCAUCUUCAUCACCUUCUACAGCACCGACUACAAGUUGGUGCAGAAGGUGUGUCCAGAUUACAACUACCACAGUGACACCCCGUAUCUCCCCACCGGGUGAUCACAUAACCAGACGAGGACAAAAAAAAAAAAAAAAGAAAAAAAAGACGCAGAGACAGGCUGUCGGGUCCUGAGUGAUGUCAGAUUAUUGGAAUGAAAAUGGAGUCAAGACGCUUCAAACAUGAGACGUUGACAGGCAUUAUUACAGCUAACAUAUCUUUGACGCAAGACUGAUAUUGCUCCAAUGAACAGACCUACCCCAAGUAUGAGAGCAUUUAGGGAAGCAUUUAUAGGCUUGCGAUCCUCAUAUUAUAUGCAUAGCUGCUUACAUUGAAAGGAAAUUCUCAAGCCAACCGUAAAAAUAUGCUGAUUGUAUUUAUGUAAAUAUUGUGGGUUCCACACAAAGACCAGAAAACAAUGUUAUUAAUGUUUUCUCCUGCUAAUUUAGUUGUUUAUGUCGAUAGUAUAUUUCCAUCUCAAUCAUGCUUUCUGUCAUUUCCAAUCAGUCUGUGGUAAUCAUUGCAAACACGUAAAUGUCAACGCAAAUAAGAAGAAUCUGUUAGUAUGCA